UUUGUCUGUUUUUAUAUAAGAAUUUGAGAAGGGGCCUGAGACUUUUUAGUUGUACUGUAGACGUAAAGACGGCAGCUUUAAGAUAGCCAAUGUCGAGAUCUAGUAAAUAUGUUUUUUUUUGUUAUUAAAACGAAAAAAAUGUAACCAACGAAGAAUGACAUAUGGUACAUUUUCCUUACCAUCUGCAAAUGAUACACCAAUGUCUAUAUUAUAGUAUAACUCAAUGAUAGAUUGCUAUACAUUCUCCCUACCAUAUGACAAUUAUACACCUUGUGUGACUUAUUUUUCAUACUUUCAGUGAUACAAUGAAUUUUUUUAAUGGGAGCAUGUCAAUAAUAGUGUUGACACGUGGUCUUUUCCUUACCUGAUGUUAAUUCUACGUUUGUUGACAUUUUCUGUACCACGCGUCAAUUGUGUUCUCUCGCUCUUGUUUUUAAAUUACAUUGAAUAAAUGUCAAUAAUGCAGUCGACUUGUUGUCCGAUUAUGGAUAUCGCACUCUGUGACACGGAGAGCAGCCCUUGCAAAUUGUCAACCUUUCCACGUGAAGUCAUGAGCCUUGCGUGUGCGCUCCCUGGGAAGUGGUGGACGACAAUAAUCCACAAGACAAAUCAACACAGAUCGAUGAUGAUACACCCCGGAUCAAGUGAUGGGGAGGGGAAAAGGGGGGAGGCGGGGAGGGGGGGGGGUCAUGGGAGUAAAAUGGCCAACGUGACGGAUGCAGUUCGGGUUGGAUGAUGAUGAUGUUGAUAAUGAUGACGACGACGGUGCGUCCGGGGGUUGCUUGCUUUAAAAGGGGGGCAGCUGCGUGAAAGCAAGCACAGCACACAAACGCAACGCUCCUUCAUCAUCAUCAUCAUCAUCAUCACCAUCAUGUCCAUCAUGAACGGCCACUGCAACGGGAAGGCGAGCGACGUCACCGCCGACGAGAUCCACUGCAACAACUGCUUCUCUGAGCUGAGCGUCAAGAAGGCGGCGGCGGCGGCGGCGGCUGCGGCGCACCGCAAGCUCCACGAGGGCUCCCGCAAGGAGGAGGAGGACCAGUGCCGGCUCCCCGCCCUGCAGGCCGCCUACACCAGCAUCCUGCGGGAGCUCGGCGAGGACGCCGACCGCCAGGGUCUCCUCCGCACGCCGCUGCGCGCCGCCAAGGCCAUGCAGUUCUUCACCAAGGGCUACCACGAAACCGUGGACGACGUGCUGAACGACGCCAUAUUCGACGAGGACCACGACGAGAUGGUGAUCGUCAAGGGCAUCGACAUGUUCUCCCUGUGCGAGCAUCAUCUGGUGCCCUUUUUCGGAAAAGUACACAUUGGGUAUAUUCCCAACAAGAAAGUGGUGGGGCUGAGCAAGCUGGCGAGGAUUGUGGAGAUCUUCAGUCGGAGGCUUCAAGUUCAAGAGCGUCUCACCAAGCAGAUUGCCACCGGCCUGUCCGAGGCCCUGCAGCCCAAAGGCGUCGCCGUGGUGAUCGAGGCCGCGCACAUGUGCAUGGUGAUGCGUGGCGUGCAGAAGAUGAACAGCCGCACGGUGACCAGCUCCAUGUUGGGGGUCUACCUCGAAGACCCCAAAACCCGGGAGGAGUUCCUGACCCUCACCCAGCACUGAGGAGACCUCGAGUCCGGACCCGUCAACACAAACCAAAGAAAGUUCACAAACCAAAGCUUGAAACUUUUUCAACGGCGCGGCGUUGAUGAUUUGUUACGUCACUGUGAUUCUUGAUGCCCCUCACCCUACGGCAAUACACACACGUCAAAACAUCCAAAUAAUUGGGAUUCAUGUAUUCUUACAGUAUGUGCAAUUUUUCGGAGUUUUACUGCCCUGAUGGGAAUUUUAUUGGUGCUUGUGCAAAGUGGUACUGUUUAAACCUUCCUCACUUCAUUUAUUAUGUUAUUAUUAGUAGUCGUAAUAAUAGUAGCAGUAGCAGCGUCUGUUCUUUAGUCAUAAUUUGCAUCUUUGUGCUACGGGACAUUUGUAUGAUAUAAACUCCUAUUUUUGUACGAGUAUGAAAAAGGAGGAGAAGGCUUCACGGAUCGGAUGAGUUUGCUGUUUUUUUUUUUUUUCGUCGUGUAUUUUAAUGGUUGUUUAUCCAAAUAAAAUGCGUA